AUGGGGAAACUUACACAUAUACCGCUUCACACGAAACAUGAACAUCAAAAGGAUUGCCAAGUGCUGGAUGUGGGAUGUGGAACAGGCAACGUAACACACGAUGUUCUUCAACCAGUGUUACCGGUAGCAACAAGGGAAGUAAUCGGGAUCGAUAGGGACAGGACCGUAGUGGAGUAUGCCAGUGGUAACUAUGGAGGGAGAAAAUUACGCUUUGAACAAGUUGAUAUUGUCCACGACAGGAAGUUCGUAGAUGCUCACCUCAACUACUUUGACCACAUCUUUUCCUUCUCGUGUCUGCACUUUGUGCGUGAACAUACGACUGCACUAAAACAUAUUCGCGAAAUGCUGAGACCCGGAGGUGACUUCAGCUUUUCCUGCGUCACCUCCAACAAUUUCUUCAAGGUCGUGGCUGACAUGGCUCAAACGGAAAAGUGGCGCCCUCACAUCGCCCAUUACGAAAACUUCAUGUCGCCCUAUCAGUUCUCGCAAAACCCGAUGGGCCAUCUUGCAGAUCUUCUGACUGGAGCAGGAUUUCGCGUCACGCGCCUCACAAUUGAGCCAAGGGAAACGAAAGUGCCACUCUCGUACUGUCCAGGGAUGUUCAUCUCACAUCUUCCAAUGGAAAUUCCUACAGAUCUUCAUCACGAAUUCGGCCUAUCAGUGUUGAAGACAAUCAGAGAGCUCAAUUUGAGUUGUUCAGCCGAAGACAACAAGGAGUUAUUCUAUUGUUAUUUCGAUGCCGUCUUUGGUCAUGUGACAAGGCCGAAUUGAAUUGAA